GAGUAAAUCAAACGCAUGUCAAGAGCUACUUAAAGCGAACUAUUGCCUUCAUUUAGCUCGGGUCCCAAACAUCAGUUUACGAUGUGAAACUUGAGCUUGAGUUCACACACUUCAAUUAGAUUAUGUCGUGUGAAAAUGCAGCUACAGUAGGCUCCAUCUUGGGCGAAACGUUACAUUCCAAGCAUGUCUUCCCGAAAGCGCAAAAAGUGCUCCAAAGAUUUAAAAUGCGUCUUCUUUCCGGAUAAUAUUGAAAGUGGCGAUAGAGCAGUUAGAAAACCAUCGGCACUUUCGUCAUCAAACUCCGCCAGCAGCUGGGAGAGAUGUGGAGACAGUUUUUUGGACUGUCCACUUAUAAAAGAUGCGAAGACAUCAGGAAGAAAACUGUCUGCAGUGCGGAAGUUGGCACAUCCGUCACUUUUAGAGCACUGCAAUGAGGACCCGGUGCACAUUGCAUGGAGCUCCAGCGAGAGUGGACAGUCUGACAAUGACGACAUCCUGCAACAGCAUGACGAGCCUCAGGGUGCAAGGAGACCCUCUACUCCUUUUCAGUCCUACACCAAAGCACUGCACAUGCUCAGCACUGAUGGAGACGACCCGCCUGUCAUAGAGACAGACAGCGAACAGGAUGGGGAGGACUUUGAAAAAGACAGUGGGCAACAAAUCUCUGACUGUGAGUCGGCAUCCUGCCAGGAAGAAGCUGAACGCCAUCUAAUUAAGCCUACAGAUCUUGAAAUCUCAGGCUAUGUGUCCAACGGUGACAGUGAGGGUGAAACCCUGACCACCAGCAGACUGGAUACUGAAAGCCCACAAGGACAAACUGGCGAGGGCAGCAAAAGGUCAGUCAGCGACUGGGUCAGGUGUGCUCACGCGAUGCUGCAGACUCCUCGGAAAGCAUUUGACGGACAGUCCAAGACCCCCGAUGACUCGGCCAAAAAGAAAAGAAAGUUUCAAAGUGGAGGUCUUGCAGAGAGGCUGAAUCGACUCCAGUGCAGGCAAAGAUCCGCUGUGAGCUUCUGGAGGCAUCGCUCCAUCUCAGACAACUCACCACAAACACAAGUGGAUAGGCAUGGUAUGCUGGUGCUGAAGGUGCUGGAGGUUCAGGUUGAGUGCAGCAUGCAACUGGUGCGCUGCCAGCACCGCCCGCUGGGUCCAACGGAGGGCCACCAACACCAAUGCACUCUCUCAGAGGAAAGUGCAAAAGUGCUGGUGUUGUUCUGUAGGGAGACUGCCGCCCAGCUGAGUCCUGCACCCGCAGACAUCAUCCACAUAUAUCCACCAUGGCAAAGUCUCUCCCUGGAGAGUUUAGGCUGUGAUAUAAUUCUCAACACGCACUUUAGCCGGAAAGUCAGCAACUCCACCUCAAGAGGCCUGCUUGCGGCCAAGAGGGUCAUGCCUUAUCCUCUGUCUCGAACAUUCAGAAUGCUGGAAGUUUGCAGAGGUUCUGAGGAAAAUGAUACCAGACAGGUAGUUGCCGCUGAUCGGCAUCCUGGUAUCCUACCAAGAUGUUGCCUUUCUCUCCUGGAAUCUAUUGAGGGGAUGGGCCAGGCUGGUUCUGUGAGCCAGGAUGUGAUGGUGGUGGUCCAAAGAGUGUAUUCCAUCCCUGUGCCAGACUUCUCCAGACUUCCCUCCAGGUCCUUCUCAGCUCCUCCUGCUGAAGAGAAAGGCAAAAGCAGGCUUUGUGUGCUCGUUCAGGACAACUAUGGGAUGUUCAGCGUGGUCCAGCUGCACAUCCUGCCCUGCCAGGAUGACCUGCGCCAGUACCACCAGGCGUGGCAAGGGAGGACCUGCAUGCUCACAGGUGUGAAGGUGGUGCAGCGUGUCACCCGAGACAGGCGCUCCAGUCUUUUCAGCCUGAUAGACAGUCUGUGGCCCCCACUGAUGCCCCUUGAAUGUCAUGGAAACACACCAAGCCUGGCCAGUAGUCGUCCUCCGGGCCCAGCUCCCAGCUUCUGUUACCUGCUGUCGGGUCAGGAGAACUCAGUCGAGCCUGUCGAAGAUCAGAGCAUGUCCUCACUCCACCUUCCGUCCACAGAACAAACUUUACGAGACAUACUGCAGAGUGAACCCAAAACUUACUGCUGCAGUUUUGUUGCCACUGUUGUUUACAAGAGAAUACAGAGUCGCCAUGUAGGUCAAGGUGAGGUUUGGCUGGUGCUGACAGACCCGAGCCUGCAGGACGGGCCUUCCGGAAGGCCGUGCAGGCGUACGGCGGCUGUACAUGUGAACACUUCCUGUGUGCUCACUUCCUCUGUCCUUAAAGUGCUCCAGUCGACUGCUAUGUGCCGAUUGUCAUUCAGAGACGCCAUCAAAGAACAUGGUGUCCUGCUGUGUGUGGAACAUUCCGUCAUCGAUGUCACGUCACGUUACGACAGUGUGGACUCAGCAGUUGGACCGCAGUCGCCGUCCUGCUUGUCAACCGAGACCUCGGCCCGACCUGUGAGACUGGAUCCACUCGAUGCGGAGGUCACACCCAACUCCCUGUGCACGCUCACAGGUGUGAUAGUGGCCGUGGAUGAGAGCACGGCCCGUUCCUGGCCUGCAUGCAGCCACUGCGGAAGCCGCAAAUUAGAUACGAUACCUUCUAGAGGUCAAAGCUUCCACUGUGUUUCUUGCAAAUCAGUUGUGGACAAGCCUGACACAGACAUCGAAAUGGAGGUCUUCCUCAGCUCUGCUUAUUUACAAAACUGCACUAUAAAGGUUAAGCUGCUACAAAAGACGAUCAUGUCCGUUCUUGACACGGCUGCGCUGGAGCGUACGGCGUUUUCAGCGUACAAUGCGGACAGCGUGCUGGGAAAAGAGCUGGGCCCCCUCACUGUUUAUGUCCGCGUAGUCACCAGGAGACCUUCUCUGUGGCUCAGCCUGGAAGAAAUCUCCCUCUGAGUGAAAGUAGAGAACUCUGUCAGACCCCAGACCCCCCCCCCAACCCUUGGAAGGCCUCCUCGACUCCCAGUCUCUGCUGCAGGAAGACGAGGUGGUGUUUGUGCUCGUGAUGUGGUGGAGCAGCAGCAGUUGACAGGCCAAUGGCAUGCAUCCUGUCAAAGCCGCCCACGUGCUCCAUCAACUGCCUUUUCAUUGCAUUUCUUUUGGCCCGCCAAUAUUUAAACCCUUGUUGGAUUCUGUGUCAAUAAAAGUUGCUACU